GAGGUGCUGCACAAGCCGUUCCUCUGCCACCGCAGGACGAAGUGGGGGGAUAUGAUGCUGGUUCACUACGAGGGCUACUUGGAGAGGGAUGGCUCCAUGUUUCACUCCACUCACAAGCAUAACAAUGGUCAACCUAUGUGGUUUACACUUGGCAUAAGGGAAGCUAUCAAAGGCUGGGACAGAGGCUUGAAGGACAUGUGUGUGGGAGAGAAGCGGAAGCUAACUAUUCCACCAGCCCUUGCUUAUGGAAAAGAAGGGAAAGGAAAAAUUCCACCUGAGAGCACAUUGAUUUUCAACAUUGACCUUCUAGAAAUUAGAAAUGGACCAAGGUCUCAUGAGUCCUUCCAAGAAAUGGAUCUUAAUGAUGACUGGAAACUGUCCAAGCAAGAGGUGAAAAUUUACUUGAAGAAAGAAUUUGAAAAGCACGGUGCAGUGGUAAAUGACACCCAGCAUGAUGCUCUGGUUGAAGAUAUAUUUGAUAAAGAAGAUGAAGACAGUGACGGGUUUAUAUCUGCAAGGGAAUUUACAUACAAGCAUGAUGAGCUGUAGAAAAGGGUGGCAUAAUUUUUUUUGACACAAAUAGCAGUGACUUAGACUGUCUGGUUCUCUUGUCAUCUUUAUUCUGUGUUUUGGAGUUGACAGCUGCUGUUGGCAAAGAAACACUUUGUUUAUAUAAAAGAGCAUUUCUGUUCAUUAUGUACAAA